AAAGCGUGACUGGCAAGUAGAGAAAAUCAUGGAAAGAAGAACAUCAUCUUCAAGUCAUGUUGGUUUUCGUAUACCAAAGAAGAAAACAAACACCAAGUCAGAGGAUGUCCAAGUUCAGUCCCCUUUGGCAAGGCUCCCAGGCUCCCACCAUUGGGACUACCCUUUAAAAGAGUGGAAAUUAAGUGCCAACAACAGAGAGUCUUCCACGAAAGGAAAAAGGCAAAAGGACUGCAACAGACACAGCUCUAAUGAUGAAGAAUCAAUUGGGCAACCCAAAGUUAUCUUGACGAAUGUCCUGAGGAUGAAAAUAGGAAGAAAAUACACACAGGCGCAACCUAAAACUGGUGCUAAUUUUUCUGAUGCUGGCAAGCUGCAGUCAGAUCAACCGCCUUCAUCAUCUGCUGCCAGCCUAAAGAUAUGGCAAAUUUUAAACCCUACUCUCCAAAGCCUUUUUCUGUCUAAAAGGCAUCCCAAAGUUAUUUUGACGAAUGUCCUGAGGACGAAAAUUGGAAGAAAAUACAUAGACAGCCACGUAAUAAUUGGUGCAAAUUUAUCUGAUGCUGACAAAUUACAAUCGGGUCAACUACCCUCAUCAUCUGUUGCCAGCCUACAGACAUGUCAAAUAUUAAGUUCUCCUCAUGAAAGUUCUUUUCUGUCUGAAAGGUCUGAGCAUUGCCUGAGAAAGACAGAUGAUGAUCUGUGUAAAUUGACCAAGGCUUCUAAGGAACCAGAAAAAAAUAAUGUCUUCACUUUUAGAAGACGGGAGCUGCAGAAGAAAGAAAACAAGAACUAUGAUGAACUGGAAAAGAGGAGCAGAAACAUGAACAGCACCACUCUUAGUCAGAAGCAAUUGGGCUCUUUUGAUUCUGAGAAAAGGAAAAGAAGAUCUAGUGGCCAUAUUUCUGAUGAUUGUAAUGCACACAUUCCAGAAAAAUCACUUCUACUGUCUGAAGAGCAAAGAUUGAGUUUAACUCAGUCUCCUGGCCUCAGAACAUCCUGUGAGGAUGGACGAAGUCGCAGAUCUAAUACAAUUCUGGUGCCAGAUUGUAUUCUGCAGCCAUUAGAGAGAGGCUAUAAAGACAAUUCUACCCACAACCACUUAAGGCCUGCUCACAGCUGCACAGAGGAACCUGGCUCAGAGCGUCCUCCCAGAAAUUUGUCAGAGAAACAGCUUUCUGCCACCGGUGAGGAUGUGAUUUCACCACGAGUUAGUACCAUCAGGAAAUUAAAGACGGACACAUCACAGUACCUGAGCAAGCUGCGGAGCAGCAUCCGCAGGGGUAAUCGGCAACUUGUUUCAGUUGACCCAAUUGUCCUUUCCAGUGACGAUGAAGAUGGACCUUCUGAACCAAAACGCACAGAGCUGCUGCAGGAUAAUUUCACUGACAAUAAAGAAACAGACAAACAGUCUGACUUCUGUUUCUCAGCAAAGCAAUUGGAAGACAAGAUGGAAAGUCACACAGAGCAGUUUUUAACAGAGUCAAUUGAAGAUAAAUGUCCUGUCAGCUUACCUUCUGAAAGCACACCUAGAAAACAGAUGAACCCAGCAUUGGAUGUUGAAUUUGAUAGUGUAUACAUAGGGAAAUUUAAAUGGUUAUCAACAGGUCCUGCUAGGUUUACAACCAAGUAUAUUACAAUCCCAUUUCAGGUGGCUCUUAAUAAGAAUAUUAAGCUGACAGUGGAUACUCUGGAUCUGAGAAGGUUUGGCUUGUGGAGAAGUGAUGGUGGCUGUUCUUCAACAACGAUCAUUUUCCUUUGGUUGUCUGUGGAUUAUGUAGAAAAGAUUGAAACCCAAUUAGGAAAGUUAGUUAUCAGCAAGCCAUCCAAAUCUAGUGAAUUUGUAUUUCUUGAACUGUCCCAACCACUCACAGAAUGGGAAGAAGGCAGACUGACUGAAUUGAUUACAGAUGUGAGCAAGAAGAACAGAGCACCAGAUCUCCCUGACCUUUUGUCUUUGAAGCAAGCGUUACCCUUGUUUAAGGACCUUUGUCCUGAAGAGAGCUCUUUUAUGAGUUACAGUAAGGAUCUACUAAAGCAAUGUAUGUCAAAAGAGAAUACCUCAGAUGCUCAUGAGCCUGCAGUUCAGGAAUCAAAACGAAAAGUGGCCAGGCCCAGUUAUGCCCUUGCGAAUAAGCAGAAUAGUGGUUGCUAUUCUAUCUCUCUGUCCUCUGCACUGAAUGAAGAAUGGAAAGAAGUAAGAGAAACCGGAGCAGUUAAGAAUUUAAUUGUUUAUCCACCCCCACCUGCAAAAGGAGGACUGGGAGUCACAAGAGAAGACCUCGAGUGCUUAGAAUAUGGAGAGUUUCUCAAUGAUGUCAUCAUUGAUUUCUAUCUUAAAUACCUGUUGUUGGAGAAGGCACCAAAACAUCUUGCUGAUCGUACACACAUUUUUAGCAGUUUCUUCUAUAAGUGCCUGACCAGGACAGAAAAAAACUCUGAGGGGGAUCUCAAAGUUUCAGUGGCACAGAGAAGACACAGAAGAGUAAGAACAUGGACUCGUCAUAUAAACAUCUUCAGCAAAGAUUAUAUCUUUGUGCCUGUGAACGAGGAGUCUCAUUGGUACAUUGCAGUUAUCUGUUUUCCUUGGUUAGAAGAAGCUGUCUAUGAGGAGUGUCCCCAUCAAAAUUCAUUAUAUCACCAGCCUCAACAGUCUCCACUUUCGUCAGAGGGUGAGAACACUAGAACUGGUUCAGUGUUGGCCUUUCCUGGUAACUGCAAGGAUGAAGAAGAAAUGGAUGCUAACAGAAUUUUAUUCUCAAAAGGUGGCAAUGAAAUUGCUACUUCUGCUUCAGUCCUGGAUUCAGGUAUUUCUAAAAUCUCCCUAAGUAAUUCCAAAAGGCAGAUUUGUAAAAGGCCUUGUAUACUCAUCUUAGAUUCUUUGAAAGCUGGUUCUGUGCAGAAAACAGUUCAGGUUUUGAGAGAGUACCUUGAAGUGGAAUGGGAAGCUAAACGAAAAACACAUCGAGAAUUCAAUAAAUCAACUAUGAUCGACCUGUGUCCCAGAGUACCUAAACAAGAUAACAGCAGUGAUUGUGGGGUCUAUUUGCUGCAAUAUGUAGAAAGCUUCUUCCAGAAUCCCAUAGUUAACUUUGAACAGCCACUGCAUCUGGAGAAGUGGUUCCCUCGUCAGCUGAUCAGAAGCAAAAGAGAAGAAAUUCGAGACCUGAUCUUGCAACUGCACUUUCAACAGCAUAGUGGCAGCAGCAGCUAAUAAAUCUAAUAAGCCAGACCUGGCAAAGAACAUUGCUGUAUAAAGUAACUGGAACUCUGCUUAGCAGCGUUUGGGCUCUUUCUGCCUUGCAAGGAAGAAAAAACAAAAGAACCACAAGAAGUAUUUUGUUUGUUCAGUGUGUAUUUAUUUAAAGAAUUUUUUUCAUUUGGAUUGUGUGGUCAUAGAAUGCAGUUGGGGGGGGAAAGGAGAAGGUUGUAGAUAAAAGUGUAAAUAUGUAAGUUAAAGCUAAUACAUAUGGAUUGCUAAUUGAUUCUUUACUUGGAAUAUGAAAGCUGCGUACAGGUAUGUGCCACAAGGAUGUAAUAAUAUUUUCAUCUUUUGGAGCCUGUUCUUUACAAUUGUAUAUAAACAUGGAUGAUCAUGUAGGACUCAGGCCUGAAGACAGGAUUUUGAUCCUAUACUGUGUCUCUCUUGAUUUUGCAGCUCAUACAGAUAGAAUGAAUACUAUGUAUUGUUUUAAUUUAAGGAUCUAAUAUUGACUCUCUUUAGAGAUGUGUUUUUUGUUUUGCUUCUGAUUAUAUACAGAAGUUGUCUGCAUGUGUCAGAAAAUUCUGCCAAGACUUGAGGCUGCUGAGUUGGUUUUUUUUAUUUUUAUUUUUUUCCCUCCCUAGCAUUUUCAUCAUAAAAAUUUAUUGCCAUGAGUGGAAGACAUUUGCUUGAAAGUGACUGUUGAAAUCUCUUAAAGUCGAGAGUGGAUUUUUUUAAAGUAUUUUUGAAGAGUUUUUUUUCUUACCAGAUUUUAGAAGAAAUCUUGCUCUCAAAGUACGUGCCAAUACAACCCAUGUAGGCAGUAGAUUUUUUUAAUCCUAUUCACCUUAUUUUUGGGAGUUAUACCUGCAAAUCUUAUGGUAUCACUUGCAUUAGAAAGGCAAGUACUCUGCCUGUUGUGGCUCAACAACCUCAAAAGUUUGAGGUGUUUUACUGAAAAAUAAGGCCAUUUUCAUUCAAAAAGGUCAUUAUGUUACAUAUAAUAUGUCUUUAAGGUAUGUAAUUUACAUAUAAGACAAACAGGAUUUAUACUUUGCUCAGGACAAUUGAGUAAAGAUGCCCGAAUAUUUGAGUGUUUGAACUCAGACUUGAUUUGAUAAACUAGCACAAGUUUAUCAUUGUCUUAAUACAUAUUUAUGUAGUUUUUCCUCAAACAGUGAUCACAUAAAACUUCAAUAACAUUUUGACGUGUGCACACUUUUUUUCUGUAGUUACUGCACGAUAAAAGGUGACUGUUUUAAGAGGAUGCUUUCUCCUGUUCCCCACUGUAAGUAAACUUCAGUGUCAUCGCACCCUUCAGAAGGACCGUGUGUCAGAUAACCACCAAAACCACCUGUGUCAUAAACGUAUCUACAAAAUCGGAGCUCUUAAAGCUGCAAGUAGGUUAGAGAGUUAAAAUAAAAAUUGAGGGCAACCCAAAGAUGUGAACGUUUUUAUGGCAUUGCAGAAUUCUCAGGGCCCCUUCCCUCAAGACAGCUCUGAAACCUAGCAUUUGGAAAAUCCAGUUAUUACUUCAGGUUCUGUACAGUCAUCCAAAAAAAUCCCCCACCAUUGUUUCUCAAACCAGGAAGCAUUCUUUCUGGAGAAGAGAGACAAUUUUAAAACAAAGUAGUUUGCUGAGCGCAGUUACCUUCUGUAUAGCUGUGAGCAGCCUAGUGCAAUUACUUUGUGGUUUUUGUCUUUGUUUCUACUUUUAUUCUGUGGUUUGUCACUACCCCCCACCAACAUCUGUCCCCCUCAUCCCAGAGGUUUUGUGGCUUUCAUCACCUAAAUCACAUCAUCAGCAUUACUUACAGGGAUAAUCUGUGUAUUUAUUCUAAGACAGAUGAAAGAUAAAAUGCGAAAAUGUGUGCCCUUUUUGUACACCUUUUUAAUUGAUGCAUAUUUUCAAUGUUCCCUUAUGACAAAUAGUUUGGGCUUUUUCUUAUGUUAAAGUUAGUUUUUAUCAUAAAGUACUUUGUUCCUUUUUAGAUUGACUGGUUUAUAGAUAUUUAAAACCAAAAGUCGUGUAUAAACUUUUCUAAACUGGUUUUAUAACAUUAAAGGAUUGCCUUUGUAGAUUUGUUAGAUAUGUGCUAUGAGAAUGCCAAUACAUUUGAUAUUAAAAUUCUCUCCAG